AAUCGAAAAUACAGAUCGUUUCCACCGUCAGUCCAACUUAAGAAUUAAAGAGUUCAUCAUUUUGUCUUGUGCAACCUGACAGUCACAGCAGUUCAGGUCAAAGGCUAACUUCAGCCUUCGAACCUCCCUAGCACAAUAAAUAAUGAGGCACGGUCUGGGCCCUUUGUGUCCACACAGAUUCCUUCUUAAGCCCGGGGGUAGGCGGAAAUCGAGGCAUUUGAUGUGAAAGAGUCUUGUUGCGGUGCAAUAAAGGAUACCAUUGUAUGGAAAUGAUUUCGACAAGGCCAUAUGACCGCUAUGGUGCAGGGCACUGGCUUGUGGCAGUGGAAUGAUUAGCAUUUUCCAAACACAUAGUGUUCUCCACAGAGCCCUUUUGGAAAAACUUUUUAAUUCUUUUCUCUCUGCUUUGUACACUUUGUGUGUACCAUCACAGCUGAAGCUCUGGAGUCAAAAAUGAACUGGGGGUCCUUUUAUGCCGUGAUCAGCGGCGUAAACAGGCACUCAACAGGUAUUGGACGUAUAUGGCUCUCCGUCAUCUUCAUUUUCCGAAUUCUGGUCUUGGUGGUUGCGGCAGAGAGCGUUUGGGGAGACGAGAAGUCCGGAUUUACCUGCAACACCCAACAGCCAGGCUGCAACAGUGUCUGCUAUGAUCAGUUCUUUCCCAUCUCACACAUCCGCCUUUGGGCACUUCAGCUAAUCCUGGUCUCCACCCCAGCGCUUCUUGUGGGUAUGCAUGUGGCCCAUCGCCGCCACAUUGAAAAGAAGAUCCUAAAGCGGGCGGGACGUAACAGUCCUAAGGAGCUGGAUCACAUCAAGAGCCAAAGAUUUCACAUCACGGGAGCUCUGUGGUGGACUUAUAUGAUCAGCAUCUUCUUCCGAAUCCUUUUUGAAGUCGUUUUUCUCUACAUUUUUUACAUGAUCUACCCAGGCUUUAGGAUGGUACGCUUGGUCAAGUGUGACUCUUACCCAUGUCCCAACACAGUGGACUGUUUUGUGUCCAGGCCAACAGAGAAGACCAUAUUUACUGUCUUCAUGCUGGCCGUGUCUGGAGUUUGCGUGUUGCUCAACAUGGCUGAGAUGGUCUACCUCAUAGGCAGGGCUUGCAAACGAUGUUUUCAUCGCUCUGAGGAAGAGUCCAAAGUUGACUGGAUGAGUCAAAAAUUGUCUUCCUACAAAGUGAGAUCAAUCAGCUGAUGGCUGACUAUUUUCACAGUGAGAUGAAAGAAUGAAAGGCAAGAGAUGUCAGACAGCUUGGCCUUCAUCUCCUUUUAAACGAUUUAACUUUCAUUGAACAUGCUGCUCAAUAUUCCUGUUACAGUAUUAUUUAGGUGUAGGUGUGUAAUAAAUAAGUAAAUAAGUCUAUGUAUCCUAUUAUAUUCUAUGUCAUGUGUUGAUGAUAGGUAAAGGUCCAUGUACCCUAUCAGUCCUCAUCCAUGUUUUGAAUUAAUACCAACUUAAUCAGUUUGCAUUGCUGUCAUCGAGUGGCUUCGGUAUAAAUCUGAAAUGGCAUGUUGAAAUUUUCUUUAAGAGCUGUAUGAGAAAAAAAAAAGUCUUAAGAAAAAUACAGUGCCUCGGUUACGCAGUUCUAAUUAAAAGACAUUGUUUAUUAAUAUUGUAGAUGGCAAUUGUGUUAAAUAUUACUGCAUAGUACUGACAGCAAAUGACUCGUUCCACAAUAAGUUUCAAAUGCCAAAUGUAUGUUGUUAGUAAGCAAAGUAGCUUUCCCCCGGAGUUUGAUCAUUAUUGUAAUUUACUCAUACAAUAUACAGAAAACAUUAAGGUCCUACUGUUGUUACUUGAUCAAACUGCUACAAAUGUUGCAUGCGUGUGCUUAUGAUUGAAAUGUUUCAUGUUUUAAGUCGUGCCAGAAGACAUCAUACAGCACUUCCACGAAUGCUGUAUUUCAUGCUUUCGUUUGUUAUAAACUCGACUACUGGUGAAACCACUAAUUAGGUUCAGCUGCAUAGUUCAGUCACACAUUUGGGACAUUUGUUAGUUGAUGUUAUUCUACUUUCAUGUGAAGUCAGAAUAAAUAUGACUGCAUAUUUCUAGCUUUGUCAUUUAUAUGGACAGGGUCACAUUUCAGCUGCCAUCUGUUGUAAUGUGAAUAUAGUCGGCUCAGUACAUAAAAAGUAGGUAGUUCCACCCUAUUUAGUUGAAACUGUAUUAAUAAUGGGACUGUUUCUUUAACCUAUCAGAAAUCAAAUUUGUCUAAGUUUAGCUUGCUGGAUGAGGUACGGGGCCAACAAGUUGACACCCAUAGUGAUAUUAGCAUUUUUCUAUGUUCUGAUUGGUUGGUCAGCGAAAAAACUUGUUACAACCAAAUUCAACUAGUGAUCUGCACACAGAAUUAUCAGCAUAUGUGAUAAGUAUGACUGUUUUUAUCCUGUUAGAUAAGUUUUAAGAAAUGUCAAUCGAUAUGGGAGUUAUUUACUGUUUAUACUUUUUCUAUUACAGUAUAUACAGUAUUGAUGGUUCUAUAGCUGCAAUGUGAACAGUUUGGGCAUAGCUCAGCACGGAUUAAACUUACUCACUCACUUAUUGUUUGAAUUUUUACACUACAACAUUCAUUUUGAGGUGAAGACCCUUCGGGAGACGUUCAGUUUUGAGCUGCCGCCGCAUUUUCAUGCAUAUUCAAAAUAAAACACGAUUUAAAAGUCUCCACCAUAGUG